UACGAUUAAGUAGCAGUUGCUUUCGCUGAUGGGCCCAGUGAGGGGGGCAUUGUCCCUCAGUUCUUACCAACCUCAGGUGUGUACAUCUAACUUAUUAUCUUCUUUUUUCACGCAAGCCUGACCUCAGCUGUCCAUUUCUUAUUCAUUCAGGGCGCCCCUAGUGGACUUGGCGGUGCUCCUUUCUCAAACCAGAACAACUCUGAACGUUAGGGAAAAUAAGGGAAGACCACCUGAGCGAACCGACCGAAGGGACUUUACUUAUCCGAACCGAACGUUAGCGGCUUAAGCUAAGCCUAUCACGAGCUGCGUUGCUGCUUGAUCGGCGGGGAGGAAGAUCUCAAAGUAUGGGGCAAAGGAUCAAGCGCUUUGACUUUGCUUUGUCCCCCGGGAUCCACCACAGGUUGGGUUUGAGAGCCGUGUGAUGGGUGACUAUCUAGCACGGUUCAGAGAGCACGUGUAUGUAGUCUGCGCUGGUGAAUGGAAGCCCCCGCCGCAAAAAAGAAGCGGCUCUUCCCACGGCUCUGUCACCAUUGACUCUAUUUAUUAUUAUGGUAAAUCAUUGUAUCAAGAUGUCAAUCUUAGAUCUUAUUUUAGUUCGAUACGUCCACCUACGAAACUCGCCCUUGGCUUUCGUCUCGGUAGGUGUAUUAUUCUACAUUUUCCCAAAAGGACAUUCAUUCAUUUCUUUCUUCCCGGGCGAUCACCACGACUAAAACGAAAACAAGACAAGAAAUCAAGACCCGUACUACAGGAAAAGGGCUGGUGGCCGACAUUUGGGAAAGUCGGGCCGAUCGGGUGUCUUCAUUCAAGCGAGGGUACAGAGGAAGAACGAAACGAAGUGAGAGGCCGGGGGGCAGGGAAAAGAGUCGAGUCGAUCGACCAGGAGAAGCAAAACGAAAUCCGGAUUUGGCCGAAAAAGAUGCAACGUUAUGGAUACCAUGACCGAUCACCAUCGAGAAAGAAGAAUUUUGAUAAAUCACUUCGGGUGAGCGGGGCCUUCAAGCGGCCUCAAUACGCCGGGGUUGUAAAUGACAUACCUUUCCUUAUGGGAAAUGCCGCCUCCUUACUAAAAAGGAAUAGAAUCAAGUUAUUUUUACCAAAGAAGUCCCGCUCUGACGGCCCGACGAGUCAUCUACUAAAAAGGACCCUCCCCGCUGUGCGCCCCUCCUUGAAUUAUUCGGUCAUGCAAUACUUUUUUAAUACUAAGAAUAAAAUGCAUUUCGACCCCGUCCUAGUUCUCAAUCAUUUCGUGGCACCGGGUGUGGCUGAACCAUCUACGAUGGGGGGAGCGAAGGGAGGAAGCUUAGAUAAGAGAAUACGCUCUCGCAUCGCUUUUUUUAGAAAGCUCUACCAGCGAGAAAAAGUGUUUGGCCCGAGCCAAAAAGAGGUUGAUCCACUUCAUUCGCCAAGCGAAUGAUCUUUGCUUCGCGGGAACAACAAAAACCACCAUAUCGCUCUUUCCUUUCUUCGGUGCUACCUUGUUUUUUCCAAGGGAUGGGGUUGGGGUGUAUAAUAACCCUUUUUUUUGAGUAUGCCCGGAAACAACUCCUAGCUCAAUUUGGGAUCAAAUGUAGGAACCUCAUGGGUAAGGAUAAGGUAAUGGAAUUGAUAGAGAAAUUCAUAGACCUAGGUAGGAUUGGAAAAUUGAUAAAGGGAAUAGAGAUGAUGAUAGAGAUCAUACUGAGAAAGAGGAUAAUUCCGUACGGGUACAACUCUUAUUUGAACGAAGUGCAAAAAAUGCGAUCUUUUUUGUCUAAUAGAACAAACACUAAUACCUUAAUUGAGUCGGUAAAGA